AGUUUCCAGUCAAAAUGAUUCAGCUCGCCUAACAGAAUACAGUGUCCUUCACUGAGGGACGCUCAGGGAUUAUUACGGGGAAUGGAGAUUGUAAUACUAGUUUCAUUAUUGUCUCUGUAUUGUGACUUCACCGGUUCGGACGCCACAGACGGAAGUUGGCACAUCGGCGGUACCGACUUCAGACGAGUCCCGUGGGGUUUGUGAUGGUUGUAGAGCAGAACGGGGAACACAUUCAUAUUCGUGAGAGUCUCAUCGUUCCACUGUAGCCACUUUCCACAGCAGAUGCAGAAUGACGACAAAAGGCGGAUGCAGUAGACUGAGACGCAGCCAACACAAAAAACAGCUUCAACAGACAUGCUGAGUGCCUGGUGAUCAGUCCUGCCAGGCUGGUGGUGAAGUAUGGAGACCCAGCCUCCUCUAACUGCAGCUCAGAUACCCCUGUAGAGAUGGGCUGGGAAGCCACCCAGGGAGGGGUUGGUCUAACAGACAACAAGGUGAAGAUCCUAAACUGGAAGGUGGACAGUGUGACUGACUGGAAGAUCAAACCUACAUGCUUCACAGACGGAGGCCAGUGUCAGAAAGAGUUAAACAUCACAGUUUAUAAGCUUCCAGACAGUGUCUCCAUCAGCUACAGGAAGUACCCUGAUCCGAUGGUUGAGGGGCAUCAGUACCUGCUACAGUGUCUUGUCCAGAACAUCGCUCCUAUUGGGAGACUCAGGGUGACCUUCUACAAAGUCUCUACCACAGGUGAACAGACAGAAUUAGACACACAACAGAAAUCCAAGGACAACAUCAACACACCAGAGAAUGGGACCUACACCCUGGACUUCACCCCUGGUAGAGAUGAUGACGGGGCCCAGUUGUUGUGUUCAGCCAUGUUGGAUCUGGGACCAGAGGGACCCCAACCUCCUCCUGUAAUGGACUCAAACCGCCUCAACACCAACGUGCACUACAAGCCUCAGAUCACUAGUCCUGGAUGUUUCUCCAUGAGCAUCACGGAGGGUGACACCCUAUCACUUAACUGUAGUGCAAAUGGUAACCCUGCCCCCUCCUACGAUUGGUUGCUCUCCCAUGCUGACCCCAACACCAUGGAAGAGAGAUCCGUAGUGACCAUCACCAACAUGGCCAAGUCUCACUCCGGAAAUUACACCUGCAUCGCCAUCAACCCCCUGGGGAAAAGCACCUGUACUGUUAACGUGGAAGUCACAGGAGCUUCCGGUCAGACCGCUGGAAGUGCCUUGGUGGCUGUGCUGCUCCUCCAACUCAUUCAUUGGCUUUAAGACCACUUCCUGAACCCACUGAUUGGCUGAAUACAUGUGCUUUUAUUUUUUUCUUCUUCAAAAUCCCCCCCACUGUGAUUGGUGGCUGUCUGUCCACUUUCUGCUAACUAUUGAUGAUUUUUUUUUUAUUGAUUGAUUGAUUGAUUGAUAACCAUGACAACAAUACUUUGAUAAUAUUACCUUGUAACUUUAUGAUUUUGCCCUAAAAUCAACAGUUUGGAUCCACCUACACAUUAAAGGGUUUGUCUUUAUUUGUA